UACUUAAAAUGCAACACUGUUAGCUCAACAAAAACAAAAUUCAUUUGCAAAAGGUGCAAGUAGACAAGUGCGACGUCUAAACUGUAAACAAAAGGUAUAAAAAAAUAAACAAAAAAAAAAAUAUAGCAAAAAUAACCGUUGGACAGCAGCCAUCCGCAUUAGCCGCUGAGAGCAGCGCAAGAAGGAAAAUGUCAUCAAUCAGACUGCAAAAGUAAUAGUAAUAAUAAAAGCAGCUACACAGACAUUUUAAGUGCUCAAUAAAGCAGAGAAAGAGAAAUGCAGAAGGACAACAGAUGCGAGAGAGAUAUGAAAAGGUGAUAAAUUCUUAGAGACCCAACAAAAAAGUGCGAAAAAUACAACAAUAUGGAAAGCGUUCAAUGAGUCCAAGCAAAGUCAGCUGAGAGCUGAGCGUUGUGGCGGCCGAGUCAAAGCGGCUUGACUUGGCGAUUGAAAUUGAAUUGGGCACGACAGUGAGCAGGAGAAAAAAAAAAAAGAAAAAAAUAACAAAAAAAGAACACACAAGAAUGUAACAAAUGCCAGUAAAACAACAAGAACGGCAAAAACUAUGCGCUGACAGCCAACAAUGCUGGAAGCGUUAAGCGCACAAGACAAAGCGCUGAGUGGACAGCAGCUGUCAGGCAGUGGCAAUUUCAAGCUGCACACCUGCUGUGCAAAAAAAAAACAAACAUGUAUGGACAAGCACAUGUGGCGUUUAUAAGACUUAAGGCGAGAAGUUAAAGUUAAAAAAAAUAUAAAAAAAUGCAAAAAAAUUUUGGAUACAAAUUUUAAAAUAAAAAUAGCAAAUGUAACUGAAAAACUUUAAUAAAAUAAAAUAAUGCCGAGCAAAAGUGUGAAAAGCAGCAAAUCCUUGGAAAGGCGUUACUGCAAAUCGAACAAGUGAAAGCAAUUUCAAAGAAAAAUCGCCAAAAUGCUUUAACUCGCAAUAAAAUUACAAAAACAACAGCAACGAUAUCGAGUGAAACGAGCAAUUGGAAAGUGCAAUAAAAUAGAUGAAUGUAAAAUAUUGACACAAAAAUAACAAUAACAACGAACAACGAACGAACACGCAAAGUGCACAACAACAAAAACAAGCGAGAAGAAAGCAAAAAUAAAAGAUAAAUAAAUAACAACAACAAAGUAAUCGCAACAACACACAGCGCAGCAGCAGCACAAACGUAGAAGGCGGAGAGCACGCAGUGCGUCAUUGUUUGCAAAGGAGAAGGAAGAGGAGGGAGCGAAAUGCCAAGAAUUGCAAGAAAAAUGGCGACCGCAACAAAAUUCGCCAUCGCGGUUGGCAACAUUCUCACAAUAUUUAUGGCAAUGACAAUGUGUUGUUGCCAAGUGGCUGGCCAUCCACAGCCACAGCCACGGCCGCAACACCAAUCCGAAGCGCAACAACAGCAGCAACACGUGCUGGCAACGCCACAGGCGACAUCACAUAAAUACCAGCAAUUGCAAUAUCAAUUGCAACAACAACAGCAACAGCAAUAUGAAUAUCAGCAACAGCUGCAUCAGCAAUUGCAAAAACAGCAGCAGCAGCAGCAGGAAAAAUCGCUUUAUCAACAACAACAACAACAGCAGCAGCAGCAGGAAAAAUUGCUCUAUCAACAACAACAACACCAGCAACAGCAACAGCUUAAGUACCAACUACAACAGCAACAAAUUGAGCAAAAGCACGAUAAGGGCGAUUAUGUGCAGGAGACGGAGCGUGAGCUACAAAAACAACAGCAGCGUGCAGCACCCACACAGAUUAUACGCGCAGGCGCUUCGCUGAUUGUCGGCGAUGAAACUCAGUUAAACGAGUCCACAAACUAUCCUUAUUACAGCGACAACUCUGGCAUAUUACCCGCAACACCACGACGUCGACAAACGGCCAGCACAAGUCGCGCACGCACACGGCGCCCCACGAGCAAUAACGACGAAGGCACGCAACAGCAAUACUGGCGCGGUAGAGUUGACAACGAUAGCUCAGCGGACAAUACUGCUACCCAAACACGUGAAGACACGCGCGCUAACAGUCGCAAGCGUAAGCAACCAGCUAUACGCGAACCACAUGCCGCGUUAGAGAAAGAACAGCAAUUGUAUGAGCUGCGUGACAAGCAGCGGCAGGAGAAUGUGCCAAUUGCGAACACACGCGAUAAAUCGUAUCGACGCCCUUAUUCACAGGCUAAAAAGGAGGCUGAAGUGUCAACGGGCGACAGCGCGUUCGCCUCAAACGUCAAAAAAACGGUAGAUCUAAAGCAUAUACUCAAAAAUGCUGGCGGCUUGAGUUUAAGCGAAAUACUGCAACAGAAGAAUCUUUCGCUAGACGAUUUAUUGAAGGGCAAACAGAAUGCACUGGAAGUGCUACAAAGCACAGCAGCAGCGCCAUCAAACGCGCCGAAUAAAGUGGUGGAGAACAAGCCGGUUAAGCCGAUGCGUUGGCAGCCCUACCUCGCUAGUAUAAACGAUGCGCCUGUCGGUACAACACAGCAAACGCAUGCAGGCGAUGAUGAUUUGGACGCAGAGCUGCGUGCAACACCAGACGAAUCGGUUGAGAGCGCUGACGCGCAGCAACGCGCCAGAUUAAAGCUAGCGACACUACAGCGUCACAAAUAUUUCGGUAGUUCAACGCGCACAGCAACAUUGCAGUACGGUCACGCUGCUUCAGGCGGCACAACAAGACGUGUGAGCUUGCCCGUGAGCUCAACAACCGCCACAAGCACGACGACGAUAACUACAACUACCACGCGCCUACCAAUUUACAAGAAAAAUUUAAUGCUACGCUCAACGCUAAAGCCAACGUUUAUGCUAAAGAAUGCCAUGGCUUCGGAGUCCUCUAGUGCGGAGUCUACAGCAAAUGAUAAGACAAAUUUUGAAGAAAAGUUAACCACAACUAUAAUCAACAACAGGUAUAGGGAACCCACAGUAGUGGCCAAUGAAGAGGAACAGGAGACGGAACAGGAAUUUGUUACGAACGCCAAAACUGUGGAGAAAGCAGACAGUGCUGAGGAUACGACAGAUACCGAGGAACAGCAGGAAGAAGAGUAUUUGCGCGAUGAGGAAGAGAGUGAUGUGGUAUCCACCAGCAAAGUCGACACUACAACUACAACGUCCUUUACUAACACACCUAGCACAACAGCGUCUACAAGCGCCACAACGAAGCUCACCUCUACUACAUCUUACAGCCCGUCGAACACUACAACGCGCGUGACCGCAACCAACGCGAUCUUGAAACCAGCAUCACGCGAACAUCCUAAUUUCAAAACAAACUCUAUAGAGUCAGAGAAGACGCAUGCGCACUCAACGCCCACAGACCCCGAGAGCGACGGCCUCGAGAACUUUAUUGGCGCUCAAAUCACGGUCAGUAAACAGCGCGAGAAAACAAACAAAGCAGACAGAGAAAACAUUACGCCACGCAUCGAUCAGGUGAAACCAGCUACGGCCGGUGAAACGUUUGCUUAUCAAGACUCCGUACCCGAUUUUGAUGGUGUGGACGAUCGCACCGAUUUGCUGGAGUUAAUUGAGGAUAGGCGCUCCGGCAAUCGGCUCUUCAAAGUGCUGGAACAACGCAAUAUGACGCUUGAGGAGCUGAUUGAGCACCGCAAACGCGGCUCGAGCCAAUUGCAUUUGGCGACGGUUGUGCAAAAUCGUUCGCGAUUUUUUCCGGGACAGAAGGUCGUCCUUCAUGACAAUAUGGACAUUGUUACAGCGUUUGAGAAUUUCCCACACUUUAACCUGAUGGACUUGAAGAGCGUCAAACCGGAUGAUAUAAAGACAGACUCGCAAGGCGCCAGUUACUUUACCUCCAUCAUAGACAUCGAGCCGACGGACGAGAUCUACAAAGACGAAUCCGCUGCUGGCAAAGGUUCGCCCAACUAUCAACAAUCCCAACGCACCGAAAAAUCAGUAGGUUUCUUCCCCUCUUUCAAAACCUUGGCAUUGGCCUCACUCGCAAGCAGCACGCGCAGUGACGCGUCCACCAAGCGCAAUCCCUUUUUUCUGUCACCACCACAAAUGCUGCUCGAGAACACCUCCGCCGAGUUAGAUGAGAACGACUUUUUAAUGGACAACGAAACAAAUACCAAUAUAAACGCUGAGGCGCCACAGCAGCAGGAGCUUACCGCCACGCAGCUACAGAGCGCCAGCAUCAUCGACACCGCAGAGGUCAUCGAGAAUGAAGUGGCGCGCGCGCAUGACUUGCUCGAUCUCGAGCUGUCCGGCCACGGUUUCAAACGCAGCCCCGCCGCAGCGGCGGUCUCUACAGCGGCAAGCCAAAAUAGCAUCUAUAGCAAUAUGCCAGCAGGCAUACGCUCCGCCAUUGUGGCCAGCGCGGCGAUUGUGCUCACCUCGCUCGCAACCUUUAUGGUCAUAUUUGUAAUUUGUCGCUGGAAGCAGCGGCGUCAACGCAAAACCAGCUACACUAAGACAUACAAUGCUAUGAAGAGCAAAUUACCGACCAUCACAAACUCGUCGCGGCACUCCUCCUUACGCAAUAUGGAAGAGCUGGUCGGCGGCGUGUCCACGGUGUCGGUAUCACCGGUACACCAGCUGCAGCGGCAAAGUUCAUUACUGUUCCCACGACACUCGGGCAGCGGCAGCAUAGAUGUGGAGGAGCUAAGCGGCAGUGGCGGCGGCGGCAGACGUAGCAGAGUUAUGCGUGGCGCGACGCGUGCUAGUUUAGGAAACAGCGGCGGUAUGGGCAGCGCUACCGGCUCCACAACAUCGCUGGCGCUGUCGUUGCAGAGCGUGCACAAUAGUUCUACAAACAAACUCAACACAAUGGACCCGAACUCGCCGGAGGUGCAAGAGUAUCUGUUCGAUGCGCUGCGGAAGUCUUACUAAAUCAACGCAGGGUUGUAUUUGAUAUUUGUGUGAAGGAAUUUUAAGAUUUUGAUAGUUUUGAAUAUUUGUAAAUUUUAACUUAUUUAAAAUAUUUCUAAAUUGGAGAAAUAAAUGCGAAACAUGUUGCCAAACAUAAGAAAUACAAGCAAAUAGACUUAAAGCAAUUAUGUAAAAAAAGUGUGGAGAGAACGGCGAAAAUUUGUAAAUUAAAACACUUUUAUAACAAAGAAACUUAUAAACUCUAAGAAGCAACCAACCUUUAAUGCGUAGAACAUAAAAAUUUCUUUGGUAGCAUAUUAAAAAGGCAAAAAAAGAAGGUUAAAAAAAAAUAUAAAAAAGAAAAAUUUUAAGCAGAAAAAUAUAUUUAAAAAAAAAUCGUAAAUUUACAAUUAAGAUUAGCGCAAUUUUUACCCCAACUAGUGCGUAAGAGUUCGAAAUUGGUUUAGCAUAGUUCCAAAAGCGGGUUUUCAAACAACACAACGGUGACGUAAGCAAUUUUAAAAAGGCGUGAAAAAAUAGUAAAAAAUUAUUUUAAAAAAAAGUUUU